UUUAGAGGAGGAGGAAAAGCAGCUUCAUAAAAUCCAAACUCCUGCUUGUCGUUUUCACAUUUUGGACAUAAACAGCAACUUCUCUUCAGAAAGACGAUGAAGCAUCAGAUCUUUCUCUCACUGCUGCUACAAGCCCUGCUGAUCUGUGCAGCUCCAGAUAAAAAAGAUUUUGAGCAUACAAGCAACUGCACUCUUAAUGGACGCCCCAUGAUUUUGACAAUUACCUGCAAGGAAAAGACUUGGAAGCUUCAGUGCAGGGAAGAUGGUGGAUAUUUGAAUAUGAACUUCAGUUGUUUAGAUAAGCCUAAAAAACCAAUUUUACAGCUUACAGUCUCCAAUCAAGAAACGUAUUGCUUCAACAAAGAUUGCCAAAAAAUUGAACAUGGACGCUCUUCCUGUGAUAACGAUAAGAUCUCCAUCUCUGCACUAACUUAUGGAUCAUAUAAGAUACAGCUACAAGGUUCUGACUGUAAAUUUGACCUUAGGAGUGCUGAUAAUCAAACAGGAAUAUUUCUGACCAACAAAACUUGGAUUGAAGCUUUACAAUUCUGCAAAACAUUAGAUUCCACUUUGGUUGAAAUCACCAACCAAACAGUGCGGGAUGCAGUGAUUAAGAUCAUGAAAGAUAAAGCAGCAGAACUGCAGAACGGUGUCUGGGUCGGCCUGGAGAGAUCCAUCUUUGGAACCAUUUCAGGGUGGAUCUGGACGUCAAAGGGGGAAAAAAUUGGCAGAGAUCUUAACAUCAGCCUUCCUGAUGACCCUCUGAACAACCACUGUGGAAAGGUUGUCUUUGACCGGGAUCAAGUGAAGGUGGAUGAUGAAGACUGCCACGAGAGUUUGCCUUUCAUCUGCCAAGUUUAACUGGGUUCCUUAUAAACACAUUAAGAGGCCAUGAAAACUUCUCUGAAGAUCUUCUGAUUACUUUGGAGGAUUUUUACUCUCUGCUGAUGCUUCAGAUUAUGCCUUUGUAAUUAUUACUUAUGAGACAUGUAGUUCUGUCUCUGACUGUCUUUCUAUAGGUUAAUAAGUAUCAUAACUGUCACUAUUCAUUAAUACAUUUUAAGGUGAUUUAGUUUGACUGCUUCACUUCUAAUUUUGAUUUAUAUAAAUCAUUUAAAUGUAUUUAUUUCUAGUUUUGUUGCUGAACCUUAAAGAAAUAAGAUUAAAAACCAAUUGUUGUCACCGGUAAAGUCCUCUAAUUGUGGCUGGGAUUACAAAGUCUUGGAUUAGGAUAAUCUGAGUGAAUUUUGACUCAUGCAAACUAUCAUACCACAUGUAAAUAACUGGUUAUCAUUGAGUUCUGACAAACAGCACCUGAAUCAACGUACAGUUCUCACUGCAGCAGCCAAGAAUAACUAAAGGUUACCAAAAAUGUUUAGAUUUGUCCUUUCUUAGACAAAUCUAAAAGUUUUAUCAAGCAAGUUACAAAUAUGCAGCGUAUGUCUCUUAAGUAGAGACACUUAAGAGAGGAAAUAUUGGUGGAAACGAUGCAAAAGCAGCUCAGGGUGUCUGUUAUUUAUAAACCAACACUGUAAAAACAGGACAAAAGUUCUAACUAAUGUUUGUUCAUGUUUGUACAGAGCCAGAUAUCUGGGAAACUAAUACAUUAUGACUAAAUGUGGAAAUCUGAGAAAACUCCAUAUUUGUGUUUGGUGUCAGAAAAGGGGAAUAAAGAUUUAGGGUCUUUGCAGUCAAAUAAUGAACCAACAUAACAUACUUUCUUUGACACAAUUCCCAAUUGACAUUGUUUUAACUUUAAAAGUCUAUUUAAAACUAGUUUUGUCCACACCUGGCGCCAUGUUUAAUUCAUAACAGGAAGUCAUGGUUGUCUUGAAGCAAUCUGAUUGGCUGACAGGUUUUAGCUUAGCGCUACACUGCCCCCUAUGGGUUUGGCAUGUUGUGGGCUCAUACGGAUGGAAACUUUUCUGAAACUGAUUCCAUGUGUACGAUAUUUUUAAAUGAUGUGGCAGAGAUAUUGGUUUUUAAAAAGACCUGGCUAUGAGUGAACAAGGCCUUAUCAAAAUGUAAACAUAAUUAUGCUGCUGUCAAGGUGGAGGGAUUUCAACUUUACAAUCCAGAUGUUACAAAACUUUAUGAAAAGAUACUGGAGUGGCACAAAAAAUACAGCUUGUACAUGUAACAGUAAAUAUUUGUCAACUCUUUUUAAAAUUUUAUUUUACAUUGUAAACAUGAUUUUACUGUCUUAAAUCUAUGAAUAAAUAAAAAAGCCUAUUGAUAUUA